AGAGAGCAGGAAGUUAGAGAGAGAGAAGAGAGAGAGAGAGAGAGAGACAGAGAGAGAGAGAGAGGGGCGUUUGAGUCCGUUUUUUCGGUUAAUAUAUGAAGGUGAAGCCAUGGUGUCGGACCAGGAAAUAGCGAAAGGGGUAGAGUCGUUGCUUCGUCAGUCGGACCCUAACGCCGUAACCACCCUAAACGGCGUCGUUCAGCAGCUGGGAGAGAAGCUAGGGUUAGACCUCACCCACAAGGCCGGGUUCAUCCGCGACCAGAUCAACCUCCUCCUCCGUUCCCAGCCUCAGCCACAGCCCCAACAAUACCAUCCCCCAAAAGACCAUUUUGCCCUCCAUUCCCACCCCCAAUACCCCACCGCUCUCCACCCCCAACAAUUCCCUUCCCAUUUUGCCCUCAACCCUUACCACCACCACCACCACCACCACCACCACCAGCCGCCGUCCUCCGCGCCGCCUCCGCCGCAGCCCUUCCCCGCUGCUCAGGUGCAUGUGCAGGUGCAACCGCAGUCGCAGUCGCAACCGCAGUCGCAGUCGCAACCACAGUCGCAGCCGCCUCACGGGCCGACCAAGUCUGAGAUUUUCUCCCACAAUGCCUCUUCCGCCACCUCCGAUAUCCCUAAAGAAAGUACUCCUGUUGGAGCCAAAAGAAGAGGUGGGCCGGGCGGGUUGAACAAAGUCUGCGGUGUCUCACCUGAGCUUCAGGCCAUUGUUGGCGAGCCGGCAUUGCCAAGGACCGAGAUUGUGAAACAGCUCUGGGCAUACAUAAGGAAAAACAACCUCCAAGAUCCCAGUAACAAGAGGAAGAUAAUUUGUGAUGACGCCUUGCGGUUGGUAUUUGAGACAGACUGCACUGACAUGUUCAAGAUGAAUAAGCUGCUAGCGAAACAUAUUAUUGCCCUCGAACCUACCAAGGGGUCAAGUCAAGCUAAAAGAGUGAAGGUAGAUGUCGAACCCACACCCGUAAGUAACGACAACAGUUCGUCUUCUGUUGUAAUCUCUGAAGAACUUGCAAAGUUUUUGGGAACAGGAGAAAAGGAGAUGAUCCGUUCUGAGGCGCUAAGACGUGUUUGGGAAUACAUAAAGGUUAACCAUUUGGAGGAUCCUCUAAAUUCCAUGGUGAUAUUAUGUGAUGCAAAUCUUCGUGAGCUUCUUGGAUGUGAAAGCAUUUCUGCACUGGGGAUUUCGGAGAUGGUAGCACGCCAUCAUCUAUUCCAACGCUCUUGAUGUCUAAUAGCAAUUGGCAGUUGACUAGUUGGUACAAGAGACCUUUGCCACCUGGUCUCUUCUUAUGGUAGAGAACAUAGGAAAGAACCCUUUUUUUUUUUUUUUUUCGUUCGUUAAUUUAUAGACUUGUUUGACAUGAAAUAGCUCUGAUAUGUUGGUUUACAUCACUUGCUUAUUAUGUUUAGAAUCAAAGGUUAAUGGCAAGGUGUUUAUUGCCAUUACCAUGGGUUUAGGUUAUCUGGUUCUUUUCAUGAGGUUACUACUCGCUUUCUGAUGAUAUGCCUGACCUCAGAAAAAACUGUGACAGAAUGAUAAAUACUCUGUACAGACUGGAAGGACCAUUCUGUGUAUCUUGUUAGUUGACAGCAGCUGUUGCUUUUGACU